AUGCGGGCGGCGGUGUCGGUGUCGGUGUGCUGGCUGGGGGCUGCGCUGCUGGCGGCCGGGCGCAGCCUGCCCCGGCUCCGCCUGCCCUACCGCGAGCUUUUGAGCACCAAUCGCUCUGUCCUCUUCUUCGGCCACCGAGGCUUCCUGGGUUUCCGCUCCCUCUACCUGGAUGAGUACCGUGACCGGCUCUUCAUCGGGGGGAAGGAUGCGCUCUACUCCCUGCUCCUGGACGGGGCCAACGCAGAUGCCAAGGAGAUCUACUGGCCGCCUCUCCCUGGGCAGACGGAGGAGUGUUUUCAGAAGGGGAAGGACCCAGGGACCGACUGUGCCAACUACAUCCGUGUGCUGCACCCCUACAACCGGACGCACUUGCUGGCCUGCGGGACGGGCGCCUUCCACCCCGUCUGUGCCUUCAUCUACGUGGGGCACCGUGGCGAGCACGCCUUCAGCCUGGACCCCGCCAGCGUGGAGACCGGCCGGGGCAGGUGCCCGCACGAGCCCAGCCGCGCUUUCGCCAGCACCAUCAUUGGCGGAGAGUUGUACGCCGGCCUCACUGCAGAUUUCUUGGGCCGUGAUCCUGGCAUCUUCCGCAGCACGGGGACCCGCUCCGCCUUGCGCACCACAGUGGACCAGCGCUUACUCAAUGACCCCAAAUUCGUGGCAGCCCACUUGAUCCCGGACAACAAUGACAGGGACAACGACAAAGCCUAUUUCUUCUUUACGGAGAAGGUGGUGGAGGCAGACAGCAAGGAGCACACCAUCGUCAGUCGGGUGGCACGGGUCUGCGUGAACGAUGCUGGUGGCCAGAGGGUGCUGGUUAACAAGUGGAGUACCUUCAACAAAGCCCGGCUGGUGUGCUCCGUCCCCGGCCCCGGUGGCAUUGACACCCACUUCGAUGAGCUGGAGGAUGUCUUCUUGCUGAGGAUGAAGGAUGGGAAGAGCCCGGAGAUCUACGCCCUCUUCAGCACCACCAGCCAUGUCUUCCAGGGCUCCGCUGUCUGUGUGUACCGCAUGGCUGACAUCCGGGAGGUCUUCAACGGACCCUUCGCCCACCGGGAGAGCUCCCACCACCAGUGGAGCAUCUACGAGGGCAGGGUGCCCUACCCGCGGCCGGGCGUGUGUCCCAGCAAGACCACCAACCAGCCCCGGCGGCAGUACGGCACCACCAAGGACUUCCCCGAUGAGGUGCUGCACUUCGCCCGCGCUCACCCCCUCAUGUACAAGCCCGUGUACCCCUGGCACCGCCAGCCCCUCCUAGUGAAGACCGACCUGCCCCACCGCCUGCGCCAGCUUGUGGUGGAUCGGGUGGAGGCCGAGGACGGGCAGCACGACGUCCUCUUCCUUGGGACGGAUGCCGGCUCGGUGCUGAAGGUGGUGGUCCUGCAGAAGACAAGCUCGGCCAUGACUGAGGAAGUUGUCCUGGAGGAGCUGCAGGUUUUUAAGGCACCUGUGCCCAUCACCCAGAUGGAGAUCUCCGUCAAGCGCCAAACACUCUACGUGGGCUCCAGCGUGGGGGUGGCCCAGGUACGGCUGCACCGGUGUGAGACCUACGGCACGGCUUGUGCCGAAUGCUGCCUGGCCAGGGAUCCCUACUGCACCUGGGACGGCACCGCCUGCACCAGCUACCAGCCCUCUGGCAAGCGCCGCUAUCGCCGCCAGGAUGUCCACCAUGGCAGCCCUGUGCACCAGUGCCUGGACCAGAACCUGACUGUGGACGAUUUUGAGAGCGUUGAGGAGAAGGUGCUUUAUGGGGCAGAGGACAACAGCACCUUCCUGGAGUGUGUGCCCCGGUCCCCGCAGGCCAGCGUGCAGUGGUUCGUCCAGAGGCCCCCCGACGAGCAGCGGGACGAGGUGAAGAUGGAUGAGCGGAUCCUGCAGACGGAGCAAGGGCUGCUCUUCCGCAAGCUGCACCGCCAUGAUGCUGGCGUCUACUACUGCAAGACGCUGGAGCACGGCUUCACCCAGACGGUGGCCAAGACGGCAUUGGAGGUGAUCACCAGCGAGCAGCUGGCACACACCUUCCCCCAGGAGCGGGGGGAUGCGCCCCAGCGCCUGCCUUGUCCUGAGCCCCGGCUGGCACCACAGGCUCCCAAAACCUGGUUCAAGGACAUCAUGCACCUCAUCAGCUCCCAAAACCUGCGGCGGGUGGAGGAGUACUGUGCCCGCCUCUGGUGCGGCAGCAGCCGCCCCCACCACCGCAAGAGCAAGCUGGCCCAGACCAAGCAUGCCCUGGCUGGCGUGGAUGUGGGCAAGAAGGGACGGACGGCCAAACCCCAUGGCGAGAGGAACCGCGUGCCCCGGCAAGCGGCGGCCACUUAGAGAGGGCAGCGUAAUGGAUGUGGGGUGGC